UGGAUACAAACUCGCUCUUUUUUCACUUUCUCUCCGGCGAAAUCCCUGCACUUCUCUUUCUUCUGCAAAAACAUCAUCACUAUAAAGUAACCUAGUACUAUGGAAGCAGCUAAUAACACUGAUGUUAUUACUGAAGCAAAACCACAAGUCAUAUACCGCUGCAAGAAAUGUCGAAGGAUUGUUGCAUCAGCAGAGCAAGUUGUUCCACAUGAACCUGGAGAAGGCCAAAAAUGCUUCAAGUGGAAAAAGAGAAGCAACAAUCCCUGGGAUCAGGAGGCACCUCAAUGCUCCUCUAUUUUUGUUGAGCCCAUGAAGUGGAUGCAAGUUGUUGAAGAUGGUUGUGUUCAAGACAAGCUUCAGUGCCUGGGUUGCAAAGCACGCCUCGGUUACUUCAAUUGGGCAGGCAUGCAGUGCAAUUGUGGAGCAUGGAUUAACCCCGCAUUUCAGCUGCACAAGAGUCGAUUAGAUGAAUGCCAACUUUAAGUAUUUGCAGGUUUCUACUGAGGCGUGGUUAAUGGUUAUGUAUAUCGGUUAAAAACUUACAGUCUUCCUGCAUAUUAUUAGGGUAUAGCUAUUUAAUAUUUGGAAGAAAGCAGACGGUUUUUGAUUGAUGAUGGGGUACUCGAUGUAAAGUUAAUCGCAAGUAAUUAUAGCCUAAUGGAGUUGCUAACAGUCUCAUUUGUUUCUUUGAAUGUGUUUUUCUAACAAAGAUGGUCACUUCUCUAUUUUAA